AUGAGUGUUGACCUGAAGGCCUUGUUAGAGGCUCAAACCGACAUCCAUGGACGAAUGUCUCACUCCGUGGACAACCUCCGCAAGAUAGGAGUCACCAACAUCACCGCCGGUGCCAUCCAGGCUCGCCUCACCAUCCUCGACAACCUCUGGGCGAAAUUCGAGGCUCAACACGAACUGAUACGAGCGGCUCUUAAAGACAGAUACUUGGAGAGUGAGUACGCCAAAAAUGAUUUCAUCGAUACUGCGAAAUGUACUUACGUAUCUCAACGGAGCACGUUGAGCGACUACGCUGACAAGUUAAGGGCCGAGUCAGUUGUCGCACACAGAAUCGAACCGAAGUCGGAGUCUUCUCCCAAAACUGCGUUGCCGCGUAUAAAAUUGCCGCCGUUUUCGGGCGCCUACGAAGACUGGCCUUCUUUUCGAGACCUCUUUUUAUCCCUCGUCGGAGAGAAUCCGUCGGUCUCGAACAUUGAGCAGUUCCAUUACCUUCGCUCCAGCGUGAAGGGAUCUGCGGAAAAAUUAAUCCGAUCAUUAACGGUUACAAGCGAGAAUUACGACCGCGCAUGGGCGAUCUUGGCAAAACACUUUGAAAAUAAGAAGGAACUCAUGCGAUCAAAUUUUUCUACCUUCACUGCCGUCGGAAAAAUGAAGUCCGAGUCCGCCGAAGAGCUAAGUCGCGUCCAUCACGCCGUCACGGCCACCGUCAACGCGCAAGAAAGCAUCGGAAGACCCAUCAAUUCCCAUGGGAUGGAUCUCCUCAAUCACUUGGUGAUCGAAUUGUUCGACUCGCGAACACGCCUCGAAUGGGAAUCUUCCACCAGCGAUUCUCCCGAUCCGCCGACUCACGAGGCACUCACUGAAUUUAUUAGUAAAAGGAUUCUUACCUUGAACGCCGGGAAACCCAAGAUCGCCACGAAGAGUGCUGGGGAAACCUCCCGGACCGCGAAGUCUCACUUCGUGAAGAACGGGCCCGACACGUCCAAAUGCGCCGCUUGCAAGGGCAAACACACACUAAUGCAGUGUCCCGAGUUCAAGUCCAAGUCCGCGAGCGAAAGAAAGUUAUUCGUUAGCGGACUUUGUUUUAACUGUCUCGGGAACCACAUGAUGGCAAAGUGUCAAUCCAUCAAAACGUGUUUCACGUGCAAGUCGCGGCACCACACACUGUUGCACGACGCGUACACGACACCAACACCACACAAAGCAAGCACUUUUUCCACGACACGCACUUCACACGACAAAAAGGCGACUCUUCUCGCCACCGCGCGCGUCACACUCACCGACCAUCUGGGACGACCUCAGGAUGUGCGAGCCCUGCUCGACCAGAGAUCCGAGGUGUCUCUCGUCUCGGAGGACUUAGCGCAGCGCCUCCGUCUGGCGCGCACCCGCUCCUGGAUGUCCAUAAUUGGAAUCGGAGGAGCACACUCAGGAUCCACACGCGGAAGGGUAACGCUCGCUCUGAAGUCAAGGGUGACUGGAGCCUCUCUCACCGUAGCUGCUUACGUCCUUCCACGGCUGUCUUCCUACCAGGGGCCAGCAAUUCAGGGCUCCACCACAUGGCCGCACAUUCACAGCCUCACUUUGGCGGAUCCGCAGUAUCUUCAGCGAGACCCCAUCCACCUUCUCCUCGACGCCGAUGCCUUCUCCGGCAUUCUCCUCGAUGGUCUCCGUAAGGGUCGCAAGGACCAACCCAUCGCGCAGAGGACCACGUUCGGGUGGAUAUUGUCAGGAGGCUGCGGAGUCGUGACGUCCAAUGGCUCCCUCAGCUCCCUCCAGUGCACCAUCGAUCACAAUUUGAACGCUCUGAUUCAAAGGUUCUGGGAGCAAGAACGGGAGCAGCCUGCUUCCGUCGUGCUUACGCCAGACGAAGAACAAUGCGAAGAGAUCUUCGCUCGCAUUCAUGAGCGCCACGCAGAUGGAAGAUACAUGAGACGUCAGCUUCAACCAGCUCUAUUGCGACUUCAUGGAAGAGUACACGGACCUGAAACACAUGAUCUUGGUCAAAACACCGCUUAUCAAAAACAAUUCCGUGUGCUACGGACUUCCAGCACGACCAUCAAGUUGAGAGUCGUCUUCAACGGAUCCCAAUGUACGCCUGCCGGAGACUCCCUCAACAACUCUUUGCUGGUCGGAGACAAUCUCUUGCCAACUCUCGCCGACAUCUUUCUUCGUUGGCAGUAUCGGCUCAACACGGUGACAUACGAAUUGGCCUGUGCACCCUUCCUGGCGAUCAGGACUCUCCGCCAAUUAGCCGCCGAUGAAGAGCCGGCAAACCCCAAGGGAGCAGUCGCUUUGCGGCGCGAUUGCUAUAUCGACGACAUCGUCACAGGCGCCAGCACCCUGUCCGAGGCAGUCGAAACACAGAGGCAGUUACGCCGGCUCUGCACGGCGGGCGGGUUUCCCUUGAAGAAGUGGGCCUCAAAUCACCAGAGCAUCCUCGAGGAAAUACCAAGGGAGCAUCAACUCCAGCAGCCAUACCACGACUGGGAGGACGAAGCUCACCCGACGCUUGGUCUACGGUGGCACCCCCGCAGCGACUCCUUUACGUUCCGCCUCCAGCCUCGCACGACCGCCCCGCUGACGAAAAGACAGGCAUUGUCGGAGACAGCUCGAAUCUUCGACCCCUUAGACUGGUUAGCUCCAGUCACCGCUCGUGCCAAAAUCCUCAUCCAGUCAGCUUGGAUGAAGCACUUAGAUUAG